UAAAAAGAAAGUCAGAAAUAUGCUCUUCAUCAGACUGGAACACAUCAUGAGAUAUUUUCUGGUUCUCUUCUGGCUGAUCAGUUUACUUCCCGUCUCAGAUCAAGGAAAAUAUCAUCUUGCUGGUCCUGAAGAGCCAAUAAAGGCACAAGUGGGAUCCAACGUUGUUCUACCAUGUUGGGUGAAGCCCCCGGUUAAUGUGAGAGAAGCUCUAGUCGAGUGGAAGUUCAACUCCAGUAAAACUGUUCACUUGUUUCGCAGCGAAGGUGAUGACCGAGAAUCUCAAGACAAAAGCUACAAAGAUCGAACUUAUCUCAACCAUGCAAUGCUUGAACUUGGUAACGUUUCCCUCAAGUUGUCCAACGUAACUAAGAACGAUGAAGGGAUUUACAGCUGCAUUGUUCGCCGUCUGCCUGGUCAUAAUAAGCCAGAAAAGAGACAUGUUACUCUGAUUGUUGUUGAUGGAAAAGAAAAUGAAAAUGCAGAAGGACAUUCUGGAGGACCUGAUCCUGGAGUUACUGUUGGAGUUGGUGUUGGAGCACUCAUCAUCCUCGCCUUCAUCACAUACUAUGUUGUACGUUGCCACAGAGGUGAACAAAGUAAGUCAGUCAUUGUCUUUGUCUUGCAGGAUUUUGGUGAAUUAAUGAUUCUCUCCAUAAAUGCAUAUUUCCAAUUGAUAGAAAAUAUAGUUUUUAAUAGUUUGCAAAAACUGAUCUGAAGCUGAAGAGAAGUAAAACUCAGAAACAUGGAGCUGUCUGGAUAAACAUGUAUAAGAAAAGUUAUGCAGUUUUCACAUAUUUAUCAAUAUCUGUUGGUGUUUGUCUGAAAUGAAAAGAAAAACAAGAAACCAAACUAUUAUGAGUAACUUUUUUCUGUUUUAGGUCUUUGUUGUUUAUUGUAGCCUUUCUGCCUGCCCAGGUUGAUGAAACAUUUUUACCAGACAAAAACUGUUAAGGAGAAUUAAAUAUUGUCACUCAUUUAUAUUGUUAAGCUAAAUAUUCACUGUUGUUUACUUUCUGUUGUGUACAGUUUUUCCAUGC